UUCAAUUUAAUUGUCUCUUUGACAACUAGCCAAAUAUAUUUUUUUAAAUUUACAAUUAAAUUGACACAAUUGUCAAUAAAAAUAAACAAUGGAAAUUCGUUUAAUUAUCCAUUAUCGUAAGGUGAUUUAUGAUGACUUUGAUGUCACUCCUGGCUCCAUUAAAAAUCACAUAAAUUCCAAUGAAGAUAAUCAACAAAAAAAUACAUUAAAUACAAAAAUACAACAAAGUAUUGUUAAUAUUAAAUUUAAUAAACAUGGACUAUGUCCAUAUGUUGUUGGUGGAUAUGUUAGCUUGCUCAAAUCAUCAUGUGUUUAUCGUCAAUUAGCCCACAAGUAUCUUGCCAAGUUGGUGUCCAGUGAUCCAUCAAACAACAACAACAAAACAGUAGUCAUAUUAUUGAAGCUAAAAAAAUAUGUUGAUAAAGAAUUUCUGGAUUACAAAUGGAAUGAAAGAAUAACAAUACUAGCUUUGGAACAGAGAGAAAUUGAUUAUGCAAUGUCAUGGUUAUCAACUCUUGGUGGUGCAUUUUCAUCUCAAGGUUUUAAUAAUAAAAUAUAUGCUGAAACUGCUGGUAAAAUAUCAAUUCAUCAAUUUAAAUUAGCACUUCGUCUUGGUAAUCCACUUUUAGUAUCAAGAUGUCAACUUUAUGCUUGUCUCAGUCUAAUUCAACAGGGUCAUUUUAAAUUACCACGUAAAAUUAUACCGAAAAUAUAUAAAUUUUCAAUUAAAGAAAAAGAUAAACAUUUGGGAAAAAUGUGUCAAGGUAUUUGGGCAACUUUACAAUACACUUAUUCAUUAAGAAAAAAUAAUAAAUAAUUUUAAUAGUUUAAUAUUGUUAAAA